UCAUUCUAAUUACCAGGUUUACCCCACCGUCCUGUGGGCACUUGUGUUAAGUGAAGCAGAGAGGAGCUGUAAACAGUGGCAGAGGAGUGGGAGCUUGUUAUGUGUAUGGUGCUAAAGGCAGAGGCAGGUUGCUACCUAAGCAAACUUGCAGCCUCAGUCAAAACCCUGUCAUGUGUGUCACCGUAAGAAAGUUUGCUUUUAAGCAGAGGCUGUAAUCUGAAUAUAUGAUGAGAGCCAAUUUGGGCUGAGCAGGUGGGUGGAAUAUGCAAAGCAGUAAGAUGAUUUGGAUCACUGUGAUAUGUGGUGAUUGUAGUCUAACAGCUGUUUGAGCUCUAGUAGGAAGUGUUACAAAAAUUUUUAAGAGGAGUUUCAGAGGGGGAAAAGGACAUCUGUUUGGUUUUCCAAUAAUAAUAGCGUAAUCGUCUGUCUUUGGGCACUUGUUGCUGUGUGCAGAGGGACUCUGCAGGCAGGGUAUAUAGAAUGUAAAAAUGUUAAAGAGCUAUUGGCUAGUCUGCACAAAAGAAACAGUGAGGCUUGAAUGAGCUGCUAGGCUAGGCAUUCAUCUGCUCCCCACCCCUGCAGACACACCAGGCAGCCACACAGACAUCCCUCAGGAGGGAAGGGGUCAGCUUCUCUCAGAGUUGCUGUAUUCUAGCUUCCUGGUGCUUGUUUGUUUGCUUUUUAAAGAUCUUAUACCUUUUUAUGUUUGUGUUUUUUCCUCCUGAGUGCUUGUGCUACUAAUGGUCCAUGCCUCAAAAAUGUUACCUCUCUGCAGUUUUACCUCUCUGUCUAGAUGUGGCUCUGCUCUGCGUUUUCUUAGAAGGUAGCAGCUUCCUCAGAAGUCAGGGCCAAGGUCAUGCAGCUCUGCUGUGUUCACUAUGGGCCUUGGGUCCACACUGACAGCUGAAACCCUGGGGAAAAGGGCAGGGAAGGUUACCGGGAGAGUGUUUAUCUUCAGAAGGAAGACAUUUGAAAAGGUCUCUGAGUGGCAUAAGCUUUUCAAGUUUGGGUGCAAAGGCCAUGCGGAAUAUUUCAUGGUUAAACUAGGUGGGAUGGGUUCUGAUGGGCUUGGAACAUGAAAACUUAAAGAGACUUUCUGCUGGGCAUUGUAUCUGAGAAUACAGAAAGGAAACGAGAUGAAAUGAAAAAAUUAAUUUGGAAAAAUGGUGUGAACAGAUGGAGGUGGAAGCAUGUGACGUUUGUCUAGAUGGACUUGACAGGAAGAAGCUUAACUAGUUCGUGGUGUGAAGUUGAUGGAUUGGGUGUUAUUUUAACUGGACAGUUAGAAGUGAAAGGCAAUUAUGGAUGAAAUGUUAAAAAUGUAACUUGGAUGUUAUUCUUUUAUAUCAUUGCUAAAGCAGGUGUAGUGGGAGGAAGUCUGUGGCUCUGUCUGUAUCAGGAAGCUGCUUUUCCUGUUUUUUCAAGGAGAGAAAAUUAAGUUAGUAUUGGUGGAACUUUAAAUUGUACUAUGUAGAAGCACAUACACCACUACUUCUCUGAGCGGGAUGGAGGGACUUGCUAGUAAAAAUGCAAAUACUGGGACUGUGCUUGAGAUUAUGUUGCUUUGUACUGCAGAGAAGUGGGUAGGAUCUAUGUGGGCUUUUGUCAUCUGCACACCCUCAGAAUGUAUUUCUUGUUAUAUACUGCAUGAAGGCACCUGUUAAUUCUUCUGUGUGGAUCCAAGGCUUGUGUGCUGUGUGUGUCUCCAUUUCCCUUCUGGGUGGGUUGGGCACUUUACAGUUGUCAAGGAAGGUACAGUCUGAGCAGUUUUCAUUCCAAUGGACAGUAUACAAAUAAAGUUGUAAAGAAUGGAUGAAACAUAAAAGCAGUAUGGACCUCCUGUCAUGAACCAUAACUGCUAACAUGAGAGUUGGCAGAGCAUAAGCUGCAAAAGGGCUUCUAGCGGAAAUUUGGUCACAGUGGUUCCUAAAGCCCUGACAAAAUCUGGCCCAACGUGUUCCUUCUCUCUAGUUUUCAGUAGUGGUCUGCCAGGAUGCUGCUCGGUGGUCCAGGGGUUUCGAUCCUGGAGCUUUAAUUCAGUCAAGACGCUGUCUGUGCAUUGGGAUUUGUACACCUGUGUGCACAGUGCAGAUUGUUGCUUCUGGUCAUGGACCAGUGCUGGAACCUGUGUUUUAACUGCCCGUUGCUCAGGUCUGAUAUUGACUCUGCAGAUUCAUCACAUGGAUUGAGUGCAAGAUUUUCCUGGAAAUGCGCUGAAAAGUUUAAUAACUACUUGGCUUAUAAUGUGUUGCUUUAGAAGCUGUAGGUUAACUUCUAGGCAGUUUUAUCUCCCCCUCUCUUAUAUGAUCGGGAUCUUUUUUGCACAACUUUCCUUUAGACUUGAGUGGUAUACCUGCAAAAUGCCCUUGAAAGGCAAAGUGGGAUCACACUGGGUCCCAGGUGCGGGUGGUUGUUGGUGAUGCGGCAAUUACUACCUUGAAAUACUUAAACAGGUGAGUCCAAUCUUUGUAGCCGUGGCAAGCCAAGGAAUAUUGGAUUCUAAGGGCGAAAGUACCUCAGUUCUUAUUCAGAGUUUCGUAAAUAUUGACUGAGGUUUGUGGCUUUGGCAUUAAUACACCAAUAUAGAUCACAUUGUUUCCACUGCCUUUUUCAGAUAGGGAAUAAGUGGUUUGCUAAGCAAGUCAAUAUGUGAAAAUACUAUUUUAUGUCAUCUGUUUGUAUUCUUUUUAUUUAGCCAAGAAGUGUUACAGUGUAUUUUUUGAGGCACCCAUACUGAAAAAAAUAUUCUUACUGUUUGGUUGUAUGUGGGGUUUGUGUAUAUGCAUCUGUAAUCUUGAAGAGUUUCAGGUUUGUUAGCCUAGGCAGUUAAAUGCAAAAUACAGUGCUUGAAUGGCUGCAUGCAAAAUUAUAGAAGUUAUAAUUUUUGGAUCCUGAUGUGGUUACAGUGUAGAUGUGCAUUAGUGUUGUGUUCUCUGCAGUAGUAUUUUUACUCUUAUAAGAUGAUCUAUGUAGUAAAAAUGUCUAGUAUGGGAGCCGAGUGACAGUGUGGACCAGCCACAGUUUUCAAUGUGCACGCGUCUGGGUAAACCUCAGACUCAAAAUGUCAAGUUAAUUUAUCCUGUGGGUAUCCUAACAAAAAGCUGACAGAUCCCUUCAUCAGAAUGUCACAUGUUUGGUUGGAAUCUCUGCUAUGAGUUCUGGAAUGAAAAGGAGGUGGAUGGUUGGAUGUGCUCAUCCCUUUCUUGCUGACCGGAUCAGCUGAUCUUGGGGUUGAUGGUAGAUAAAGCAAGAAUUGGCCUGAACUUCUCUUUGCCACGGCUUUUAUCUUUCUGCCUUUGAGCUGCCAAGACUCAUGUUCUGUCUCUGUUGAGGUUUCUUUUAGUUCCAGAUGAAGCAUCUUGCUGUUCCAGCAGUCCCUGUGCAUGUGCUCCUCUUGGCCCCGAGGGCUGGUUCUCCCGUGCAGUGACUGCAGCAGGUUCACUCGGCAGCAUGUGUUAAUGGGACUGACCUACUGUCAGGAUAAAUUAUCCGUUUGAGCCUACAAUGUGGAAAAUGCAGUGAUGCUUUUAAAAUGUGAUGCAUUUAAAGGAUAAUUGUUAAACAUAUUCAGUGUGUUUUUCAUAAGCUGUCACGGCGUCCUGAUAAUUUGACACCUCUACAACAUAGUUAUGGAUGUUUUUUGCAUUUAACUGUUGUUUUCUGCAGCUGCCUAGAAGGUCCCCAUUAGCAAAAUGGAGUUUCCUGUUUCUGUCUUUAUGACAUCUUGAAAAUGUAAUUGCAUAAAGUGAAAAGAAAAAGCCAUUUGUACAGCUGGAUCAUCAUAGGUUAUGAAACAAGCACAGCCUAAUAAAGCGUUGUCAUGAAAGGCAACUUUUACUUCUCUCCCCUUGCUCCUCCAUAUGCUCAUUUGUAGAACAGCAAAUUAUAAACAAGAACAUUAUUUAAUCCUUGCCUCUAGCAGUCUUCUUUGUAUGUGCUCUGUGCAGCUUUGGUGAAGAGGAUAUGAAUCCUAAGUCCCAUUUUGACAGACACUAGAAUUUUCACAUGAUCAUGCCAUCCCUCUGAUGCUCACGCAGCAUCAAGCCUUUGUGUCUUGUGGGAUUUAGAUUUUUUCUGUCUUUAUGGAAAUGUAGUAGAAGCAUGAAAAUGCAGCCCUCAAAGUUCAGGGACUAAGCAGAGUGUAUUGAUCCCUUCCCAUUCAUAUACACAGUGGAUGUGAGAACGCUGACCUAGAAGCACUGAGAGUUAGUUUAUUGGUUUUGACGUUGGGAUUCAUUAGCUGUAAUUCAAUUAGAAGCAUGCUGAUGGAUGUGUUUGUAUGCUUGGGCUGGCGGCUGCUUUAGAUUCAGAAACCUACAAUUCUAGUUGGGAAAUUGUUUUGUGCAAUCUUGGGUAAGAUGUGUAUUGCUAGGCUAAAAGUGACAUCAUUCUUCAUUUGGUUUUUAAUAGAUUUCUCCCUGUUUCCAAUUAUGUUUCUAAUUAGAAUAAUGUCUUAUUUCCCAUGACAGUUUAAAAAUAAUGCAAAGUCUGUAAAAGAGAAGCUAUCAAGAUGAUUGAAUAAUGUUUUCUUUUUUGUUUGUUAGACUGAAACCUUUUUCCAUCAUAAUUGGAUAUAUAGACCUACUAGGCUACAGUAGGCUACGAUAAUUUCUGUGUUUACAGAAGGUUAAAGUGCAGUGGCUGUUAAUCUCAGGCCUGUUUCCAUUCUCACCCCAGCACACACACCAGCCAGCUGUGCAUAUUCCCCUCCUGGAGGGCAGAGAGAAUACCUCUCCCCCUUCCUACAGAAAUCUCAGCUUUUCAGGUGUGGGAUCUGCUGCUCUCUGUCCUACCCUCUGCUUCCCCACCCAGGCAAAUCUCUUGUCUUUCACACCUGGGAUAGGUUUCUUUUGCAGCUGCAGUGUUUCUCCAGCCCCAAAGAGGUUUUCCUGCUGUUUGGAACUGAGAUUUAUGGCUCAAGGAGUGGAUGUGUGAAAAACCUCCUCUGGGAGCAUGGAAAGUCUUAGUUGAGAACAUAGUUGCAGUCUAACAAUCAAAAGCUGUGUGCAGUGGAAAGAAUGCAGAAGAGAUCUGGAACUGGUAUUCAGUAGUUGCUGGAACCUGCUCUUUGAGGGAAAGACCUAUCUGAACGUGCUGUGGUUGUGGAAGGGGCUCAGGUGGUCUGGGAGCUGAAGGCUGAAUCCAAAGCUGUCUCCGCGGCUGCCAGCUCAGGAAGCUCUGGGGAGUUGGAGACUGCACUGAACUUACCUCUCUGUGCAUAAUUUAGCGUGGCUGAGUGCAGCUGCCACAAGAGCUUGCCCAUGGUUUUCUGGAGCAUGACUUAAGCCUCUGCCUGAGGUAUGCCACUGUUGUGUGAGUAAUUGCCUUUGGAGGAAUGGGAGAAAGGUUGGGAGCUCAGAGAUGUGAGAAGAGAGGGCAUUCCCUUUCUGCUAAGUAUGUCUGACAGUGCUGAAGUGUUGGAGGAGGUUAGAACAGUGUUAAAGCUGCGAUGCUUGCCAGAGAAGCCUGUUGAUGCAGAUAAAUACAUAUUUGCAAGGUCAGAGUGGUGAUGUGCUUUGUAGCAUCAGACAUGAGGUCGAGAGUACAUGGCAAGUCGUGUUCAGACUCUCAGCCCUUGGAAUGGGUUGACUGUCAGAAGGUUCAGGACUACAGCUGGGGCUGUUAGUUUGUGUAACAGAUCGUUUGGUAAUAAUGAUGCUUCCUUUCCAUUUUUUUUUUUUUUUUUUAAGUGGGAUAACCGGUAACCAUGAGACACCACUUAAUUAUAGUAAAACCUGUUUGUGUUUCUAGAAACCCCUUUCUUGUCAAAUGGAUCAGGAAAUUCAUCCGUUUAAAAAAAAAAAAAAUCCCUCCAAAGCUGUGUCCAUGUGUUCCUUCAUCCUCCUCCCAAAACUGAGCCACUUGUGAUGCUGAGGUGCUUCUCUGGCUUGAUUUGCAGAGCAGCUGGCAUAGGGUAUACAGCAUGGCCCAAACAGAGAAGAAAGGUGGGCUCCUCCGGAAAUCUUCAGCCUCCAAGAAGCCAUUGAAGGAGAAGGUUGUGUUGAUGUAUGAUGAGAUUUUCAUGACAGAGGACCCCAGUAAAUGCAACCCGAGGUUUUGGGAGGAGCUCUUUCUGAUGAAGGUCAACUUGGAAUAUCUAGAAGGCAAGCUGGAGGCUCUGGAUGGGGAGGAGUUAAUGAAAAUAAAAGAUAACAUCAACUGCUUGUUUCAGCACUGCAUCCAGGCACUGGGUGAGGAACACCCGAUCAGAGUGGUCAAUGCAUUACAGACAUUGUGUGCGUUGAUUCGGGGCGUCCAUCAGAAGAACAAAUCCACUUCUGGGUUUGACAUCAUCAACAUGCUUGUGGGUUUUGAUAAGGCAGAGCUAUGCAUGAAGAAUCUGAUGGAGAGUUUGGACUCACUUCUCUGUGCAGAAGGUUCUGAAAGCCUCAAAAGCUUGUGUCUGAAACUACUUCUCUGCUUGGUGACGGUGACAGAUAACAUUAGCCAGAACACCAUCCUGGAGUAUGUGAUGAUUAACAGCAUAUUUGAAGCCAUUUUACAGAUCCUGUCCAGCCCACUUAGUCGCAGGGAACAUGGCUAUGAUGCUGUUGUCCUUCUUGCCUUGCUGGUCAACUACAGAAAGUAUGAGUCAGUGAAUCCCUACAUUGUGAAGCUCUCCAUCGUAGAUGAUGAGGCCACACUCAAUGGUAUGGGACUUGUAAUUACCCAGGCUUUAUCAGAAUAUAACAGGCAAUAUAAAGAUAAAGAAGAGGAGCACCAGAGUGGUUUCUUCUCAGCCCUAACUAAUAUGGUGGGCAGCAUGUUCAUAGCAGAUGCUGAUGAGAAGAUCUCAGUCCAAACAAAUGAAGCAAUCCUUCUGGCCCUCUAUGAAGCUGUUCACUUAAACCGGAAUUUCAUCACAGUUCUGGCACAAGUGAGUUUCAGUGCAACGUUUGCCCAUUUCUUUGUAGUGGAUGUCUUUCAGAUUAGAAAGUCAAAAAUGGAACUGAGCCAUCCUGAAAUGGGGCUGAUGACAACACCAACAAGCCCGAUUCCAGUGACACCUGUCACUCCACUUGGAACCACCCCACCUUCUUCAGAUGUUAUAAGCUCUGCAGAGCUGCCUUUGGAUGCUGAUGGGCAAACUAGCAACCUGCUGAUAACCUUCCUGAAGUACAGCUCGAUUGUGAUGCAGGACACAAAAGAUGAGCACCGGCUACACAGCGGCAAGCUGUGUCUGAUUAUCCUGACGUGCAUAGCAGAGGAUCAGUAUGCUAAUGCUUUUCUCCAUGAUGACAACAUGAAUUUUCGAGUAAACCUACACAGGAUGCCAAUGAGACAUCGGAAGAAAGCAGCAGACAAGAACCUGCCCUGCCGCCCGCUGGUGUGUGCGGUGCUCGAUUUGAUGGUGGAAUUCAUUGUAACACACAUGAUGAAAGAAUUUCCUAUGGAUCUCUAUGUACGGUGCAUUCAGAUUGUGCACAAGCUGCUGUGCUACCAGAAGAAAUGCAGAGUGAGGCUUCAUUACACCUGGAGGGAGCUCUGGUCAGCUUUGAUCAACUUGUUGAAGUUUCUCAUGUCUAAUGAAACUGUGUUGCUGGCCAAGCACAACAUCUUCACCCUUGCUCUUAUGGUUGUGAACCUGUUCAACAUGUUCAUCACUUACGGAGACACCUUCCUCCCCACUCCCAGCAGCUAUGACGAGCUAUAUUAUGAAAUCAUUCGGAUGCAUCAGAAUUUUGACAACCUUUACUCUAUGGUUCUAAGGCUUUCUACUAAUGCUGGUCAAUGGAAAGAGCCUGCAAGCAAGGUGACCCAUGCAUUAGUCAAUAUUAGAGCCAUCAUCAAUCACUUCAACCCGAAGAUAGAGUCUUACGCUGCAGUGAAUCACAUAUCACAGCUCUCUGAGGAUCAGGUUUUGGAAGUCGUACGGUCCAACUACGACACGCUGACCCUGAAACUGCAGGACGGACUGGACCAGUAUGAACGCUACUCUGAGCAGCAUAAAGAGGCUGCCUUCUUCAAAGAGCUGGUUCGGUCCAUCAGCAUCAAUGUGAGGAAGAACCUUGCUUUCAACACGCUGAGCCAGGAGCUGCUGCUGAAGGAAUUCUCUACGAUCUCUUGAAGCAGGGAUGCAGCUGCUGCGCAGGGCUGACCAGAGACGGGCCUGUCUGGGCAGAGACACUCCAGACCUGCAGCCGGUCGCCCCUUGCCUUCCACCUGCAGAAGGGACUGCAUUUGUUCUAGGGGAAAGCCUUGCUGCUGUGUGUUUGAUUCCAAAGGCGUGUGUUUCAACAGGACUGAGGCUGAGGAGAGGUGAUGGGCAUGUUGAGGAGGAGGAGGAAGCAAUUUUAUAAGGUGCCAUGGGGGUGGGCAGCCAUUCCGGUAAUGUAGCAAUGGGAGAUUCCCUCCGCAGCCUCAGGGAAGAUGCACUGGAAGCCUUUGUAGCAGAGCUGGGCAAAGCUCACAACCAAAACAAUAAAACCAAUCUGGCUGUGUGAGAGAGUUCUGGGUUGGGAUCGCUUGCCUGCUCUACAGAGAAAGCUCUCUGAUCCCAGGUGAGGGCAGUUCUUUCUCCAUCAGCCUGGAUCAACUUGACCUCCCGCAGUGCAGGUCAAAUGCAGUGCCGUCCCACUGGGAAUGGCUUUGGGGUAUAAAACAGCCCCCCCCCAAGGGCAGUCCCUGCUCACUGCUGGCUCCUCAUGUCAGAUGGUGUUACUUGAACCAAGUCAUUUGGCUACUGGAGAAGGAGAAAUUUUGCCUCUAAGGCUGUUGGCUUACAGGGUUCUGUCUGAGCCAGCAUGCAAGAAUAUGGGUCAUCAAACAGAGCACUUUGUAACUGGAGACCAGCUCUGCUUGGGGUCACUGUUGGUUCCAGUAGGCCAGCUCAUAUCUGCUGUUUCUAAGGUUGAGGGACAUUUUUAGAUACUCAGUUUUCAUGGGGCAGAGGACAGGGAGACUCCCUCGCCCCACUGCCCUUAUUGCCCAUCAGAGACUGCAUUGUGACAGUCCUCCUCUUCCUCACAGGAUCGUCUGCCUUGCACGUGCUUGCCAGUGCCUGGUGACCUUCACAAACUAAAUCCUGUUUUUUCUCUUGUGUGUAGCACGCAAUUAAAAUGUGGAGUAGUUACUUCACUUUCUCGCUUGUCCUCCCAUCUUCACCAAGCGACUUGCAGCAACAGUCUGCUGAGACCUUCCUAGGGAAGAGUUCUGGGAUGAUGCCCUGGGGCACCGGCAGACCUCUCUGUGCCAGAGCUGAGGCUCUGGAGGUGCCCAGGUCCAGCAGAGCCUGUUCCCAGCGCUGGGUCAGGCUGCCAACUCAGGAACACACAGUGUAAACACCCACUCCCUGCUCGUGCAUUUUCAGCUCCCAGCAGUGAUGUUAGGAUCUGGCCUGACUUGGUGGAUUGAAGCAGAGAAGUUAUUUACAUCCCAGAUCCACAUUUUUUUUUCUCUAGAAAGCAGCUUUUUUUUUUUUAAAAAAAAGUGCCUGUCCACCUCUUACCCUUGUGGGUUACUGUGAGUGAUGUGAUUCUCAGCCAUUUUUAGUCAAGGCUUAUUCAUGCCAGCGUGUGUUAAUUGUGUUAGUGUUUCAUCUUUACAUGCCAUGAGCAUGGGAAACUGAAAACUGUGUCCUUGGCCGCCCACUGGUCACAGCACUCAAUGGAGACCAUAUAUUUCCCUUGGGAGCACCGGCUUCUCCCUGCAGAAGAUACUUUGCCUCAGCAUGGAAUUGUCUGGCUUUUAUCAGCUAAGCCAGACACUUAUUUGCUUUCCUGCCGUGCAAGUGUGUGGAAAUGUGUACAUGUGUACAUGCUUGGGAGAGCAAGCAGGCUUCAUAAAAACACUCUGCAUGGCAACAGGCCAGGGCAUAUAGAAGAAGACCAUUUCUCCAGUGAAAAAUGAGUGAAAAUGGUUUGUAGCCUGGGGCACUUGUCUGUAUGUGUGGGGAGCUCUUCCCAGACCCUGCGAGGGGGGCAGUUUCUUCCCAAAGGGGGCUUGAGUGGCUUCCUUGAGGUGCAGCCACAGCACCGCUGCUGUCAGAGCAUUGAGUCACCCAACCAUCCACAUGCCUCCUUUUCUCUGAUCCUGCUUAGGCUGAGACUGAACAGAUAGGUGGGACAGGUGGGGAUGAGCCUGCCUCUGCCUCAGCCACCUCUGGGAUUUUCAGCUUUUCACUCUGGGCUCAGCCAUUGAAGGUCUUAUCUCCCCCGUGGUGCUCCCUUGCUGGGAUGAACUGGGAAGCACAGGCUGUGACUGGGAGCAGCUCCUGAGGUCAGCCCUUGUCCAAGGCUGAGCCGGGUAAGACUGUGACACAUGUUCUCUUGUCACACCGUCACUGAACCGAGCACUGUAAAUGGAUGUACAUACACACCAAGAGCUCAAUAAAUAGCAGAGCCCUGCGUG